AUGAGCACUCAGAGACCUUCCAACCUAAUCGAACACCCAGGGCAGACAAGCAUUCCCUCCCUCGAAAAUAUAAGUGCUUUCUCCUUAAAUGUCACUGACUGCACCCAGGUCAUAGUGCCAGAGGAAGUUUUUUUCACUGUUGCUGCUGCUGGAAUACUGGAAAAUCUGCUUGUCCUUAUUGCUGUUGUUAGAAAUAAGAAUUUGCACUUGCCCAUGUACUUCUUCAUUUGCAGUUUAGCCGUUUCAGACAUGUUAGGUAGCUUGUACAAAACUCUGGAGAACAUCUUUAUCAUCUUGUGCAAAAUGGGGUACCUGACACGUCGUGGGGACUUUGAGAAAAAGCUGGAUGAUGCCAUGGAUUCCAUGUUCAUUCUGUCUUUACUGGGGUCAAUUUUCAGCUUGUUGGCUAUUGCGGCAGACAGAUACAUCACUAUCUUCUACGCUUUGCGGUACCAUAAUAUCAUGACGCUAAGAAGGGCCUUGGUUAUCCUGGCAAUCAUUUGGACGUUCUGUGCUGGCAGUAGCAUUGCCAUUGCCCUCUUCUCCUAUGAAGCAGCAACAGUCAUUCCCUUCACCAUCCUGUUCCCUUUAAUGAUGUUUUUUAUACUGUGCCUCUACAUCCAUAUGUUCCUCCUGGCUCGAUCUCAUGCUAAAAAGAUUGCCGCACUGCCAACUAGCACAGUCCAUCAGAGAACUAACAUGAAAGGAGCCAUUACACUGACUAUUUUCCUUGGAGUUUUCCUUUGCUGUUGGGCGCCCUUUGUUCUUCACAUCCUUUUGGCAAGGUUUUGCCCACAUAACCCUUACUGUGCCUGCUACAUGUCCAUUUUCCACGUGAAUGGGACGCUUAUCAUGUGCAAUGCAAUCAUCGACCCUAUGAUUUUUGCAUUCCGAAGCCCAGAAUUACGGAAUACAUUUAAGAAGAUGUUCUGCUCUGCUAGGUCAAACUGGAACUGGUAAACACUUCACGAAAAUGAAGAUUAUAGAAGCAGACCUAUUGGGUACUGUGCAACAUCAGUUAAAAAUACCAACCUUUAUGCCCAAAGUAACACUGUGUUUGUAGGAUACUGCCAGUGA